CUUACAGCAUUGAUGUAUUUAUGGACGACAUAUUUAAAGACAACAACGAAAAAAUAAUAAACGAGAACAUAUUGAUCCACUAAUGAAACACAGAUGGUGUUCCUGUUUUGGAUUUGACGUCUCUCUUCCUCCCAAAUCUGAGUGAGAUCCCUUCAGUCCAUAGAAACUGAGAUCCUGCCGUAUACAAUGAUGUUAAGAAAACAUCUGACAGUUGGAUCAUUGCUGAUACUUGUGUUCAGUGUCUUCAGAGGACAUACCCUCACAUGUCGUCCAACAGAGUAUGAGAACGGGGAUCUAUGCUGUCCUAGGUGUCCUGCUGGAAGUCGAGUUAGAAAACAUUGCAAAGAGUCCGGUACUUCCUGUUUGAAUUGUGAUGAGGGAACAUUCAUGGAUCAACCUACAGGACGUAGAGAAUGUUUUCCCUGUGUACGCUGUGAUUCAGGUUCUGGUUUAAAGAUAAAGACAGCAUGUACGACUACAUCAGAUACAGUUUGUGAACCACUGGAGGGAUUCUACUGUAAGGACUCUUCAGAAAAAGGCUGUGUGGAAGCACAGAAACACAGAAGCUGUCAACCAGGACAAUAUAUCAGCCAAAAUGGAACAGCAUUAAGGGACACUGAGUGCUCUGACUGCAGAGAUGGAACAUUUUCAGAUGGGACAUUAUUGACAUCAUGUCAGCCACACACACAAUGUCAAUCAUUGAAUCUUCAGCUGAUAAAACCAGGAACUGCUUCAACGGAUGCUGAAUGUGGAGAACAAAGUUCAGGAGCUGUGAUCGGCGUUGUUGUGGUUGUGAUAUGUUUAUUGAUCGGACUCACAAUAGCUCUAUUUUUAUGGCGUCUCAAAAAGAUGAAAUACACAGGAGAAAAAAGUAAUGCAGACAAUCAACAACAGUACUUCAAAAAGAAUAAAAAUCCACAUGAAGAAGAAGAACAGCUGCAGGGUGUGGCUGUGACAAAUGAACACAGAGACAGUUCAUAGGACACUGCAGAGGAAAGUUCCAGGUUCAAUGAAAUCCAGUUGGAUCCUGGCACGUUGUCUUUGCAGUCUACAGAAAUUAAUCUUCCAGUGCAGGAAAUUUAGCCUGAACUGCCCCAAAGUAAACACCUGCUGGUCUAAGAGAGAUGAUGCUGGACGGAGACAAAAGUCCGCCUGGAAUAACAGCUUGGAGCACGGACUUAGUAUGUGACGGCUCAAGGCUCUUCAUUUAUUGGAUAGCUGUGAAGGAAUGUCUGUUGUUAUGUGGUGCCUUGCAGCAUCUUCAUGUAAUUAUACAUACAGACUUUAUUGAUCUUCUCUGGCGCUCACAGAGAGUUGGACCUGAACACUGUUAAGACACUGGACUCCAAGUAUGAACUUGUUCAUGUGUGUCUCUUUUCUCACCUUGGCUGCUGACAUCAGAGACCACAGAGGCUCCUCACUUCUCUUCUGGUCAGCUGCUCAACUCUUCAUUCUCAAGUAUGGUCUGCUCACAAAGUAGCCAGACACAGAAACUUUUGCUGCUUGUGUGAAAAUGUUGCACUACUGAACUAAAAUAU